UGUUCAACCAACCAGAGCCCCGUGGACCCUGAGGGCGUGGCGUGUGUUCAACCAACCAGAGCCCCGUGGACCCUGAGGGCGUGGCGUGUGUUCAACCAACCAGAGCCCCGUGGACCCUGAGGGCGUGGCGUGUGUUCAACCAACCAGAGCCCCGUGGACCCUGAGGGCGUGGCGUGUGUUCAACCAACCAGAGCCCCGUGGACCCUGAGGGCGUGGCGUGUGUUCAACCAACCAGAGCCCCGUGGACCUGUGACAUCAUCAUGUUCCCCUCCGUGACCCGUCUCCUCCCCUCUAGGGUGUCAUCGCCGCUCCUCCUGGCCGCCAUGUUGACGCUGGCGGCCGCCGGCCCCGUCUCGGGAUCGGACGCGGAGACGUGUUUCUCCCGACAGCAUCAGAACGCCAUAGUGAAUGUCCGCCAGGCGCUGGUCCGACCGACCACCGUCAUGGACUCCAGAGUCACCCAAUCAGAGAGAGACUGUGUUCUGGCCUGCUGCUCAGAGGACGUCAAGCCAGGUAUAAAGUGUACCCUGGCUGUGUUCAACCCUCACAAGCCCUCUGAGCCUCCCAACAACCACAACUGUCAUCUGUUCCACUGCCAGAGUGAGCAGGACUGUCCCCUCCUGACUGCUGAACAGGGCAUCAACACAUACGACAUCUUCAAAGGUUUGAUUCAUCCCACCACGGGGAUACCUACUCCACCUUCCACAAUCCAACCAACUACUACUACUGCUACUACUACUACUACUACAACUCCAGCACCUACCAUCAGACCACAACCCACUACUACUACAACGACCACCACUAAACCUACCACCACAACCACACCACAACCUACUACUACCACCACUACACCUACCACCACACCACAACCCACUACUACCACCACUACAACCACACCACAACCCACUACUACCACCACUACACCACACCACAACCUACUACUACCACCACUACACCUACCACCACAACCACACCACAACCCACUACUACCACCACUACACCUACCACCACAACCACACCACAACCCACUACUACUACUACUACCACAACUACAACCACACCACAACCUACAACUACCACCACAACCACACCACAACCCACUACUACCACCACUACACCUACACACAACCACACCACAACCCACUACUACCACCACUACACCUACCACCACUACAACCUACCACCACUAA